AUGGGCUGGAUGUUGUUUCUCGGCGCUCUACUGGUGGCAGUCGCACCCGCAUUGUACAUAUGCUUGGUGCCGCUACUCACGCCGCGCUUGCCGACCCUGGAGAAUAAACGAAUCUGCCUUCUGAUUGCGCAUCCGGAUGAUGAGGCCAUGUUCUUUGCACCCACCGUCCUGGCCCUCACCAAGCCCGAGACCGGAAACCAUGUUAAGAUCUUGUGUCUGAGCUCAGGUGACGCCGAUGGUCUGGGCGAAACUCGCAAGAAAGAGCUGGUCAAGAGCGGUAUGAAGCUCGGUCUGCAGCAAGAGCAAGACGUUUUUGUCAUUGAAAGCCCGUGA